AUGCGAUAAACUACUCAGCUUUCGCAAAGAAACAGCAAUUAUAACUAAAAGAUUCAUUCUAAUAUUCAAAUGAAGCCAAGAAUAAGAAUAAAAAACAACAAUGAAAUUAAUCAUAUUUCUCUAAGUAAGGAGAUCUAUACUCAACCUUAGACUAAAUAGAAUUAAGAAGCGAUGAAUAAUCUCAAUUACUUUUCAACUAAGAAGAAUAUUCCACUCAAUUAGUCUAUUUCUAAAUGGGCAUCAGAGCAUAAUAUGGAAUAUCGCGAUAAAUCGACAGAAAGGGGUAAAUCUUCACAAAGAGUGAACAGAAUUCAGAUAAAGAACUCUAAUAUACAUCAAGUCAACUAGAAUUUAAAUGAGUAGCCAAAGGUUCUUAUUGGAGAAAAAAUCGUUGAGUAAUAGUAAAUAUAACCUGAGAGGAAACUUAAGGAAAAACUGCUAAAUCUAAAGGAUAAUGUUUACCAAUCUUAAAACGUAGGCAAACAAAAUAAAACAAGGAUAAUCAUUAAUGAUCAAAGAUCUAAAAACAAUGAAAUUAUGAUAAAUGAUAGAGGAGUAAUAGAUAAUUCGUAUGAUCAGAUAACAUAUAGAGGAGUUAAUAGCAAAUUAUCUCCUAAAAAAGUAGUGAAUAGAGUGUCAAAAUCUCUGGCUAGAGGAACAAAACAGCAAAAUAAUUUAGUAAAUGUGAAUAACAGUGCUAAUGUAGGCAAUUUAUACUUGGCUUAAUCUUCGAAUAAUCCGCAUCCUUAUUAAUCUGUUCUUAGAGAUAGGCCGAAUAGAAAGAUUGUAAAAUUAGGCACUACUUAAUCUAAGUUUAUUGCAAAAGUCUAAAACCACCGAUCUCCAAAAGGCUAAAGCUAGCAAAUCGCAACUGGAAGUGUUAAUAUAUAGAUACAAGUAAUAGAUAACUAGUAGCAUCAUUAUAAAAAGAAGGGUGGAGAGUUACGUACUUAAAGGACUAACAUUGGCACAGUACUAAAGUCCAGUAAUUUGAUAACAAACCUUUAGAAGAAAGUGAUGGAUGACUUCAGCUACAGACAAAGUAAAGCAAAAGAAAGAGCUGCAAUUCAUGAUAGAUAUGAAAACACUAUAAAGUAAUCUAGAGUUCAAGAUACCAAUAUGUCCAUUGAAUUAAGUACAGAAAGAAGAAGUAUAGUCUAAAACUCUCUUAAAGCUCCAAGAAUAAACUACGACUCAAUUAACUACAAUAAUCAUAGGAUUGGGUAUGAUAUUGAAGAAAUGCAUAAUAUAACUGUCCGCUACUAACAGCAACUCAAGAGUGUGGAAAUGAAAGGAAAAUACAGUCUUAAAUCUAGUGUCUUUCAUGAUGAUAAUUUAGAAGUUAAUCAUCUCAAUAACAGUUAACAGUAUAAUACAGUAUGUGCUAUAGAAUCAGAAAUAGAUUUGGAUUAUUGA